UAUCGAGGCGAUAUAAUCUAAUAGCGUUUUUUCGAUAUACCACUCCUCGCAGCCUUAUUGGUUACCUUGCCUAUGGGACCUGUGUAACAGCCAAAAUAGAGCGUAGGGGUCUAAACUUGUUUUACUAAUCAGGUGAACACUAAUCUUGUAGAAAUCCCCGGGCCAAGCUCACCGCAUGGACGUGAUCAAGGCCGCUGA